AUGGUUGAGGCUCCCGCAAAGCGUCGCGCCUCAAAAGCCUGCACCGGCUGCCGAGCUCGCAAAACCCGCUGCGAUGUUUUACAAGUCGGCCAUCCAUGCACAAAGUGUCGUGCAGAGGGCUACGAGUGCGAGACCAAAGCAAGGAAAAAUAGACUUGGGAAGAAGGCAAUCGGCAGCACUCACGUUGGCGUUCGGCAGAGAACUACGGCGCAGCCGGAACAUAUCUUGCGCCAGCAGGUGCCUUACUUCAACUUGUUCCGGACCCUCAAGUCCAGCGACCAGCCAGAUUUCGAGCGUGGGCUUUCUGACGAAGACCUGCAUUUUCUCGUCCGAAAAGGCGCGAUGGACCUCCCAACAAAAGAAGAUCUUGACGAGUGUAUUUCGACAUACUUCAAAUGCUUCCAACCAACCUUUCCUAUUGUUGACAAAGCGAAGUUCAAGAAAGCAUACGGUGACGUCGAGUACGAGGAUUCGGUACAAGGAAAGGGCCAGAGCCUGCUCCUCAUACAAGUCAUUGUCUUCACAGCAAUAUCAAUGAUUCCCAUGGAAAGUAUGCAAAAACUCGGAUUCAAAUCCAUACAAGAAGCGAGAAGCUGCUUCCAUGCCAAGGCAUGCUACUUGCAUCAUUUCAACUACGAGCCAGACGAUAUCACAACCAUCCAAGCUCUCUUACUAAUGAGCCAUUACUACCCCUCCAUGACCGAACAAAGACACCUGGUUCUGGCUGACCUUCAUCAAGCCUCCGCCAGUUCAUCAUCCGACCGGAAGCACUGGGCAAGAAUCUGGUGGGCAUGCCUCAUUAGAGAUAGACUCAUCACACUCGGAACUGGACGACCGAUGCACAUCAAUAGCUUGGACUGCAGCGUGCCCCUCUUGACUGUAGGUGACGUUGGAGAAGAGGGAGACACGGACGAAGACGGGGUGACCAAAGCCAUCUUUGUCGACUUUUCUCACCUGUGCUACCACAUUGAAGGUGUAUUAUUACUGUCUUCCCUCCAACCGGGGCCUGUAGCCGACCAGGUAAAGCUCUGUGAAAUAUCCCUCCAGCAAUGGAAGGAACACCUAAACGCUGCUUCCCGUCGAACACGAUUCGAGAACCAUGACGAUGGUGAAUCCGAAGCUUCUAUAACCUCCAGAGUUGUGUUGCAUUUGGCAUACAAGUAA